AUGUCAGUAUCUGGAGAUCGUCGAGAAAUUGUCGUUGUCGGUGGUGGCAUCAUUGGAUGCUGUUCCGCCUACUUCCUUACAAGACACCCUUCCUAUGACCCAGCUAGACACAAAAUCACCCUCCUCGAAGCCUCCGAUAUUGCAGGAGGAGCGUCAGGAAAAGCCGGGGGGCUUCUAGCACAAUGGGCAUACCCGGACAACCUAGUGGGCCUCAGCUACCAACUCCAUCAGCAGCUGGCGAAAGAACAUGAUGGCAAAAACACAUGGGGAUAUAGAGAGACCAACUGUGGUCAGCUUGUCGUCCGAGGUCGUACCAUGGCAGAAGUGACCGAGAAAGAAACCGGAGAUGGAAAGCACGAGUCGCUGCAAAAGCGUAGCGCAGCCGCCAUGUCCAAAUUGAAGGCCGCCAGGAUCCCUCAGGACUUGGACUGGAUUGAGCCAGAUCUCCUACGGGCUUAUGAGAGUAUGAGUGGACCAGGCGAGACAGCCCAGGUCCACCCCUACCUAUUUACUACAUCGAUGGCAAAGCUAGCCGAAGAAAAAGGCGCAGAGAUCAUCCUUGGACAAGUUACAAACAUUGCGCGUCCAAAUGACAAAGUCGACUCGGUCUCAUAUACCGACAAAGCAACAGGACAAUCGCGCACAAUUCCCGCCACGGAUGUGAUUGUCGCGGCCGGUCCAUGGACCCAAGCUGUACUUCCAGAAGCACCUAUCACAGCAAUGCGCGCACACAGUGUUGUGAUUCGACCAACAAGAUCGAUUAGUGCAUAUGCGUUGUUCACCAACAUUGAGAUUCCAGCCAACUUCAAUCCGGCCAAGAAGUCCCGACCAACCGUGGCCGCGCCGGAGAUCUAUACGCGUCCUGAUGACACAGUGUAUGCAUGUGGCGACGGAGAUAAGACUGUGCCGCUGCCACCGACAUCUGCUGAGGUAGAGGUAGACUUGGAGCGCUGCCAGGAAAUCAUAAACCACGUGGGUAGCAUUUCGGAUGAACUGCGAGAUGGUGUGGUCAGUAAGCGCCAGGCUUGUUAUUUGCCUAACUGUGCCGGUCCGGGAGGGCCAUUGGUAGGCCCAACUCAUACUAAAGGCCUCUAUCUUGCUGCUGGUCAUACAUGCUGGGGCAUUCAAAAUGGCCCUGGAACUGGGAAGUUGAUGAGUGAAAUGCAUCUCCGGAUCACAACCCUCCUCACGUCGCUGCUCUAUGCGACGGGGACUCUUGCAAGCCAAGACCCUAACGAUGUGUCCGUCUUGAUUAAAGAGGCCGCGCGUGCCAAUAACGAGUCGCUAUUAUGGGGUCCCUACAAGCCCAACUUGUAUUUCGGCGUGCGUCCCCGGAUCGCAAACAGUCUCGCUGCUGGAUUGAUGUGGGCAAAGGUGGAUAACUUUGCUACCGCACAAGGAAACUUCCGACACACUUGCGAACAGAAUGAAGGAAUGGCUGGGUACGGAUGGGAUGAGUACGACAUCCGCAAGGGAGGACGCCAGACUAUUCACGAUGCUGGAAACACUCUGGACCUCACAAUCGACUUCGUCAAGGUCCCUGGUGGGCAAAACGGUGGUAGUUGGGGAUUCCGGGUGAAGGGUACUCCACGUGAAGACGGCGCACCGGACCAGCCUACCUCGAUUCUGUUCUAUACAACCCUGGAGGGACUGGGUCAACUGGGCGUGGACAUGGACAGCGUUGGCGAUGCUCCUGCGCUCGAGGGUGACAUCAGGUUGAAUGGUUACUCUUCCGAGCUUGGAGACUUUUCUAUCGAUGUUACUGCUGGCCCUAAUACCAAUGAUUAUUUCGAGCAUAACCACCCGAGCUAUGAGGCGAAGCCAUUGGGCAAGGGUAUUGUGUCUAGUCAGACCGUGCGCCAGGAGGACCUUUGGCAGACUAAGGGACUUAUGUUCUUGCAAAUGAAGGAGGAAAUUGAGCCGACCAUCCAAGAAUAUGGAGCGGAGAACCCCCCGCCUCCUGCUCAGCUGUUUACUGUUAAGCAUCAACCCGGUGAUGGCAACGUUCACCUUGUUCAGAAGGUUUUCAAUGGUCCUUUCGAGUUCGACGUUCUUUUUUCAUCUGGCUCUGCUGGUGAGCCUCUUACUUCGGAGACGAUUACCAAGGAGCUCAAGGAAUCUUCCCUUUCUUUCUCCGAGAGGUUCAAGCAGGUGCUUGCACCGCAGGUCCCCUUUGACUCGGCCAAGUACCUGAAGUUUUCCAAGGCCAUGCUUUCCAACCUGGUUGGUGGAAUUGGCUUCUUUCACGGCGAUAGUGUUGUCGACCGGUCCGCUUCUCCUGCUUACGAAGAGGAAAACGAGGGCUUCUGGGAGGAAACCGCAGCGGCUCGCGCAAUGGCCAAGCCUGUUGUCGAGGCCCCCAAGGAUCUCUUCACCUGUGUGCCUUCUCGUCCAUUUUUCCCUAGAGGUUUCCUCUGGGACGAGGGCUUCCACUUGUUACCUGUGAUGGAAUAUGAUUCCGACCUUGCUCUCGAAAUUAUCAAGAGCUGGUUCCACCUCAUGGAUGAGGAUGGGUGGAUUGCCCGCGAACAAAUUCUUGGCAUGGAAGCUCGUAGCAAGGUGCCACCUGAGUUCACUGUCCAGUACCCCCAUUACGCCAACCCCCCAACUCUGUUCAUGGCCCUGGAAGCGUUCAUGGACAAGGCCUUGAGUAACAAGAGCAUUCAGUCCGAAGGUCUCGAUUCCAAUGAUGUCGCCGAGAGCCUCCGCACUGCAACUCUUCGUAACCCCGACCUGGCCGUUGCCUACCUUCGUUCCUUCUAUCCCCUGAUGAAGAGACAUUAUAACUGGUUCCGUAACACUCAGCGUGGGGACAUCAAGAGCUACGACCGUGAGGCGUUCUCCACCAAGGAAGCCUACCGCUGGCGUGGCCGCUCCGUUCAGCACAUUCUAACCUCCGGUAUUGAUGACUACCCUCGUCCCCAGCCACCGCAUCCCGGUGAGUUGCACGUUGAUCUGAUCAGCUGGAUGGGCAUGAUGACUCGCACAUUGCGCCGCAUUGCGGAGACACUGGGUGAACAGGAGGAUGCCGAGGAGUUUGCAUACCACGAGAACGCUAUCUCGCGCAACAUCGAUGACCUGCACUGGGACGAAAAGGAGCAGACUUUCUGCGACGCUACCAUUGACGAGUUUGAGGAGAGCGUCCAUGUCUGCCACAAGGGUUAUAUCUCCAUCUUCCCGUUCCUGACGGGUAUGCUUGGUCCUGACAGCCCCCGUCUCAAGGCUAUUUUGGAUUUGAUCAGCGACCCCGAGGAGCUGUGGAGUGAGUAUGGCAUUCGCAGCUUGAGCAAGAAAGAUAAAUUCUACGGCACCGAGGAGAACUACUGGCGCAGCCCUAUCUGGGUUCCCAUCAACUACUUGACUGUGAAGAAUCUUUAUACUAUCGCAACCACUGGUGGUCGUCACCAGGAACAGGCCCGCGAGAUGUACUCCAAACUGCGCAAGAACCUGGUGGAGAAUGUUUUCCGUGAGUGGGAGAAGACAGGAUUUGCCUGGGAGCAGUACAGCCCCGAGAGCGGCGCUGGUCAGCGGACGCAGCACUUUACCGGCUGGACCAGUAUGGUGGUGAACAUUAUGUCCAUGCCAGAUCUGGCUGCGCCGGCUGAAGCCCAUCACGAUGAGCUGUAG